CCUCAGUGUCUGCUGUAUGUUAUGUAACUCAAUGUAAGCUAUAUAUAUAUGUGUGUGUUAUGAUUGUUGUUUGGUGUCGAACGAGUCAAAACAUAUUCCGCCAUUCAAAAUGAUAUGGCGAGUCUAAUGACAAAUUUGUUUUUUCUGUACGGGAUUUAUGUUCUUCUUAUUAUCGGCCAGACCGCACUGAGUUCACAGAAAUGUCGGCACUGUUACGCGCGGCAUCACAAACGAUCCGCCAGCCCGACGUUCAGGUACCGGCCGCACGUGUCGGCGUGCGCGUCGCCGUCGUCCACCGUGGCCGCAUCCAACGACGACGGCUGCGAAGAAACGCAACGGCCGUCGACCGAACAGCCACCGGUGCGGUGGCGGUUACCCGCACCGUCGCCACCGACGACUCAGUCACCAUCACCGCCGCCGCCGCCGCAAUCGUCACCACCACCGUCAUCACCACCACCGUCGUCCAUCACCGACGGCUGGACGCCGGGCCGCGGCAGGCUGCACAAACACCUGUUACUGGUCACCGGACAGGUGUACCACGAGUUCAUUGGCGAGUGUUCGGUCACGGAACAAGCGCGCGACCUGCACGAACUCGGCUCGAUGCUCCGGCGUGAACCCGUCCCGGGCGACUUCGUGCUGGUCCAGGUGGGCACGGGCUGGAGGCUCAACGUCCGGCUGCUGGACGUGCUGGUCGACAGGCUGGGCAACGUGUCCGUGUACGCGGACAAGAAGUAUUACAGCAAAACGAUGACCAAACACUGCCGGAACAUCGGCGACCGGUGCACGCUGCUCACCAACCUGGUGCCCGUUAUCGAGCAGCUGGAACGGCCACAGGAAUUCGGCGACGGCGGCGGUGUCGCCAUGUACGAUCCGGACUGGAUUCCGGUGCCCGCCGUACCGCCCCUGCCCCGCAACUUCACCGGCGACACCGAGAAGCAAAUCGAAUACCUGACGUGGCGGCUGUGCGUCCGAGACAGGCGUCAAAAUUUCUACUACAAACUCGACCAGGACUCACUGCGGUCCCCCUUGAGUGAUCAGAGCGACAUCGCUGAGAGCGACAAUGUCGUCUUCGAAACCAGCUUGUCACUCACCGAUAUACUACCGAUCAAUCCAAAGAACUACGACAAAAACCGCGCGCCAAAAGUACAAGGGCAACCGACUAUUGUUUACUUUCACGUCACCGUGCUGUCUUUGGAUUCCAUCAACGAAGAAUCCAUGACGUACGUUGCGGACAUAUUUUUGGCGCAAAGCUGGCGGGACCAAAGACUUCGGCUUCCAGAAAACAUGAGCGAAGACUACCGUAUACUGGACGUCGAAUGGUUGCACGAUAUAUGGCGACCCGAUUGUUUCUUCAAAAACGCGAAAAAAGUCACGUUUCACGAGAUGAGCAUACCCAACCAUUAUUUGUGGCUGUACCACGACAAGACGCUGCUGUAUAUGUCAAAAUUGACGCUGGUAUUAUCGUGUGCAAUGAAAUUUGAAUCGUAUCCGCAUGACACACAAAUAUGUUCAAUGAUGAUAGAAAGCCUGUCUCACACAACUCACGAUUUGGUUUUUAUAUGGAAUAUGACGGAUCCAUUAGUGGUAAACCCAGAUAUCGAAUUACCUCAACUUGAUAUAUCAAACAACAUAACUACUGAUUGCACAAUAGAAUACUCAACAGGGAAUUUCACAUGUUUGGCCGUGAUGUUCAAUCUACGAAGACGCUUAGGUUACCAUUUAUUCCACACAUACAUCCCAUCAGCACUCAUCGUUGUUAUGUCGUGGAUUUCAUUUUGGAUAAAACCCGAGGCUAUACCAGCUAGAGUAACUUUGGGCGUAACUUCGCUAUUGACACUCGCCACACAAAACACUCAAUCACAACAGUCCCUUCCACCUGUAUCCUACGUAAAAGCCAUCGACAUAUGGAUGUCUUCGUGUUCGAUUUUCGUUUUUCUGUCUUUAAUGGAGUUCGCCGUCGUCAAUAACUACAUGGGGCCGGUGGCGACCAAAGUGAUGAAAGGAUACUCAGAAGAAGAUAUCCGAGGAGGUGACGACUUUAAGGAACUGGACCCGAAAAGCCGAAGUCCGAUUAGAAGUGUAGCCACCGUAGCCGCGGCACCGCAGUACCCGACUUUCUGUAACGGCCGCGCAAUCGCACUGUACAUCGACAAGUUCUCACGGUUCUUUUUCCCGUUUUCGUUUUUCAUCCUCAACGUCGCCUAUUGGACAUCAUUUUUGUAAGCGACUAUACACCUAAGUUUACAUAAAUGGCAAGACUAACGGCUUUUGGCCUUGCAUGUCUUAUAUGUAUAACACACGACGUACAUUCGCACUAUACGUCUGCAUAUAACUUCAUUGUCGCCGUCACAUACGCUACGACGAUGCAAAAUAUGUAAAUUUUGCUAUUAUUGUUACUUCUCGUACGAAUUUCCUAGGUAACCAUAUAGAUGUACCCAAUGAUGUACCUUUUACCUAUCUACCUACUAUGCUCUACUAUAAUAAUGAAUUUUUAUUUUAUUUUAGUAAAACAUAUCAUAUUAUAUUAAGUCGCUGUAAUAAUAUUUUGUGUAAUUGAUUAAUAUUAAUUAUCAUUUACCAAUCUAUAUGCGUUUGUUUAAUGAAUUAUGUAUGUGUGUGAUUGAUUUUUAGGUAUAGUUGUAGCCGUAUAGGUACCUAAGCGUGUGUUUUUAAGUUAAAUACUUUAUAUUAUUUUGCAUUGAUAUUGAUGUACAAAUCGAUAUGCAGUAGGUACUAUAUACCUACCUAUGUAUACAUUAACAACUGUUAUUAUGACCGUUUAUAACGACAUUAAAAAUCCUGACAAAAAAAUUAUAUUUUAUCUAAUUUUACUAACAACCGUAUGUCCGUAUUAUAAAUAACUAAUAAUAGGCCGAGUUUGGAAGUCAUAUAAGGUAGAAUCAACAUAUUAUGAUAACGAAUAUCUUGGAUAUGCAAAUUAAAAUUAAAACAUAUUAAUUAUUAGUUGGUAUCUACAUUAUUAUUAUUUUUAUAAAAAAAACUACUAUUACUUAUAUUAUAUGAAAGAAAUGUGGUGAAAAACUAUUUAGAUAAAGAUAAUAAUAAUACAUUGUCAGGUCAUAAUAAUAAAACAAGGUAUUAUCAAAAAGUUUUGGUUUAAGGGAAAAAAAAUAUUAUUGUUAUUUUACACAAACCUUGAAAUAAUUGGGUAGGAAAUAGGCACAUAAGUAGUAAAAGAAAAACGUAUUUUUUUUUUGAAAAUAUAAAAACUAAAAAAUAUGCACUGUUUAUCUAAAACUGACAAAAUAUGCAUUUAAAAUUUUCGUUUUUAAACUUGUCAUUAGAUUGAAUGGAUUUUUAACUUUGUCCGUUAUAGAUUGAGAGUAUUUAAAAAAAUAUGGAAUUCUUACACCUUAAAUACUAAUCAUAUAGAUUAAACCUAUUUUUAUUAUUAAUAAAUAAAUUUAAAAAUGGAUUUCUGCUAACCAUAUAUUUUUGUCGUGCUAACCUCAGUGUCGUAAUAAACGGUUUUUUUUUAAAUUUUUUUUUUUUUGUACUUUAAAAUAUGUAAUAUGUAUCUAUGGUUAAUGUGUACUCACAAAACACUAUGGUUAAUAAAAUUAUUGUUUCUAACUCAUCUUUACUCUUAUAUCAUACUAAAGUAAUAUAACUAGAAUAAUAUAUAAUAAUUAAUAAUUAUAUAUACAUUGUUCUUAUUAAGAAACUACCUACUAAUUUAAUGAAAAACGUAUGGAUAAAUAAUGUAGUGAAAGUAUAUUGUAAUACUUAUUGAUUAAAUUGUGUACACACAAAUGAAACAAUUAUUUAAUGAUAAUAAAUUUCAUACUUAAUUAAGCAAUAAAUCCAAUUUUUAACAUUAAA